GUUUACAGGACUAGGAGUGGAUUGAAAUUUUGGUUAUGGUUUAAUUAAGUUUUUUUUUUACUAAACUGUAGAAUUACAGGUACAUUGAUUUAUGCUUAAAAGAUAUAUGGAACAUAAUUUAAAAUAUGGGUGACAGUUCGGAAUCCAGGCCUUCUGAAAAGAAUGAGCAAGAAAAUGAGGAGGACAAAGAAAGCGUCCAAUCAGAAGAAAUUGAGCCAAAGUUGAAGUAUUCACGGAUUGCCAAUGACCUUCUCAAUAUCUUGUAUAAAGAUGCAGCGAGCUGUAUUGCUGUUCAUCCAAAAUUUAUUUGCAUUGGCACCCAUUUUGGAUGGAUAUACAUGCUGGAUCAUCAAGGCAACAGCGUUCGCCACAAGGACAUGUCCACAGGUUACAACGCCCACACAGUGUCUGUGAACCAGAUCAGUGUUGAUGUCAAUGGUGACUUCAUAGCCAGCUGCUCUGAUGAUGGCAAGGUUUUAAUACAUGGAUUCUAUACUUCGGAAUACAACCAUACAAUGACAUUGGGGAGGCUGGUGAAGUGUGUUGCAAUUGAUCCAAACUAUGCAAAAACUGGACGUAGGUUCAUCACUGGAGAUGAGAGGUUAGUGUUACACGAAAGAACAUUUCUGUCACGGAUCAAGUCUACAGUACUGUUUGACAUGAGUGUGGAGGGAGGGGUCCAGAACAUUCGAUGGAACGAGGCAGGUCAGCACAUCGCCUGGGCAACUCAGCUAGGUGUCAGAGUCUAUGACAUCCACAACAAGUGCUCCCUUGGUCUCAUCAAGUGGACCAAGUCAACUAAUUUCCAGAACGAGAAAGCACGCUGCAACCUCUGCUGGAAGGACACCAACACAUUACUAGUGGGAUGGUUGGACUCUGUGAGGAUCCUGAACGUGCGAAAACGCAGCCCUGCAGAGAUGGCUCUCACACCGGACUGGCCUCAGUACCUUGUGGAGAACAUACUAUCUUUCCAAACGGACUUCCUGAUUUGCGGCAUUGGACCACUUCACGAGCACUUGGUAGUGCUAGGUUACUGGAAGAAUGAGGAGGGACCCCAGCGGCCUCAGCUACAUGUGCUGGAACCACGACUGGGAGACUACGGCAGUAUCUGCACCGACAACCUCAGUCUGCGAGGCUACCAUCAAUACACAGCCUGUGACUACUACUUGGAAUGUAUAAUAGAGGAAAAUUGUUAUCUAAUUGUGAGCCCCAAGGACAUAGUCGCUGCAAGCCCGUAUGAUGCAGAUGAUAGGAUAGACUGGCUCAUUGAACAUUUUAAGUUUGAGGAUGCAAUGGAAGCGGUGACAAGUAGUGAGAAAGACUUGCAAAGGCACACUAAACUGAGCGUUGGACAGUCUUACCUUGAUCACUUGCUCUUCCUCGAACAGUACCAGGAAGCUGCUAAACUUUGUCAUGAUAUUCUAGGUAACAAUAAAAGGCUGUGGGAGGAAGAAGUGCUCAAAUUUGCUAGAGUACACCAGUUGAGGACAGUCAGUCCUUAUUUACCUCUAGACAGUAACCCUCUAGAACCUUAUAUUUAUGAAAUGGUGUUAUACGAGUUCCUAAAAACAGACCCAGAGGGAUUCCUGAGUAAGAUCAAGGAGUGGCCUCCAGUGUUGUACAACGUGCCUGCUGUAGUCAAUGCCACCCUGGAACAUCUGCUGGUGGUCAGUCAGCAGACAUUCAAGUCUGUGCUCUUGGAGGCACUAGCUCUUCUCUACUCUUACGACAACAAAUACGAUAAAGCUCUCCAGAUGUAUCUCAAGCUAGGUCACAGCGGAGUGUUUGACCUGAUAGCCAAACACAACCUGUACGGAGUCAUCCACAACAUGAUAGAAGACUUGAUGGAGCUGAAUGCUGACCUGACUAUCACGCUGCUGGAUAGCGGGGAGGUACCCCCUGACAUCGUGGUGGCCAGGCUCUCUAGCAACAAACAUCUGCUCUAUCGGUAUUUGGAUGCUCUGGACCAAAGAAAAGAUAGGUCUGCAGCAAAAAAAUAUCAUGGUUUGCUUGUUAGCCUAUAUGCUGACUUUGCUAAAGAUAAGCUACUGGCCUUGCUUCGUCGUAGUGACCAUUACCCAAUACAAGAAGCCCUCAACAUCUGCAAGGACAGGUGUUUCUAUCCCGAGAUGGUGUAUUUACUUGGAAGAAUUGGUAAUACAAAAGAGGCUCUGAAUCUAAUCACACACCAGUUAGGUGAUAUUGAAUAUGCCAUCACCUUUUGUAAGGAACACGAUGAUCCAGACCUCUGGGAAGAUCUUAUUAGCUGUUCACUCAAGAGACCAGAUUUUAUAACUUUUCUUCUACAAAGGAUAGGAACUUAUAUAGAUCCCCGCCUACUAGUUCAGAGGAUAGACAGUGGAAUGACUAUUCCUGGAUUAAAACAUUCUCUAGUUAAAUUGAUGCAGGACUACAAUUUACAGGUAUCAGUCCAAGAAGGCUGUAAAAAGAUUUUGGUCUCCGACUACUUCAAUCUUCAUGAACGCCUGGUAUGCAUGCAACAAAGAGGAGUCUUAAUAGAUGAUGAGUACUUCUGUGGGGCUUGUCAUAGAAAAGUUAUAGUUAAAGAUGUAAAUGAAAAGAAUAAUAUUGUGAUAUUCUAUUGCCAUCAUUUGUUUCAUGAAGAAUGCCUUCCACCUCUACAACUUAUUGUCAGUUGUGUCAUAUGCAAUUCUCCAAAGACCAACAAAUCUUCAAUAUUCAAUUCUACUAUAAAAUAGACUGAAAUAAUAAAUAAAAACCAAAUUUAAUUGAAUCUACAGUAAAAGUACACUAGAGCCAACAAAUAUUUUAUUUUAAGAAUUUAUCUACAAUUUUAUAAUCAUUCAUAAUUUUUAUUAUUUUGUGUUAUAAUUUCUUUCCUUGUUUACCUUUAGGCAAGUGUGAGUCAUUUAGAAAAAUCUGAAAGUGGGCCAAACAACAGGGUCUCAACACUAAUCACUGAACGAUACCAUACAAUGCAAUUUUAAGACAUAAGUAAAUUAAUAAUCAUUUAAUGAUUUGUUUGAACAAAAUUAUUUUCCAUACAGUUAUACUCUCCAUCAGAAUCAAUACAAAAUAGCAAAAUAUUUUGUUGGUAAUGUCAAUUCUAUAAAUACGUAAAUGUGUACUGUAAACAAAUGUAAAACUAAGGUAGUAAUGCUUAUAAGGUACGUUUUGUCAAUAUCCAUUCAAUAUGUUAGUUUUGACAGACUGAUUACAAAUUUUUCAAUCCUGCAUUCCAAUUGGCGAAAACCAAUUCCCCAUUCUUGAUUCUGAUUCCACCAUAUAUAAUACAUUCUGAUUCUUUACGUUCUGUAAUAGAACAUAAUAAUGGCCUGUUGUAAAGAAAUAUGUGUACAGAACUUUUCUGGAUUGUAUUGUGACAAAUUUGUUAUAACUAACAACUGUUCUCAUAAAAUCUAUUAUAUCCCUCUCCCAGUCACAUUUACUUCAGGUAUUCAUGGUGCUACCAGACCCAAUUAAUUUGCUCUGUCAGCCUCCCUCAGUCAAACUAUGUUGUGUAAGCAAACCAGCACAUUCUGUUAUUGUUGAUGUCGAUUAUAACUAUAUUAUUUCUAAUUUGGUUCAAUAUUAGCGAAUGUCGAAGCAAUAAGAAGGGUUUCUUUAUAGCAAACUACCCAUAGUAGUUCAAAAUAUUGCCACUAUAUCGCACACUUAUUGUUUCAGUCAGUAAAAUAGAGCUUGCCCAUCUGUGUAGUGCAGUAGCAAUGUGGUGCUACCCAUACUGAUCCAAGUCUUGUGUUUGGGUGAGAGUUAAAGGAAUGUAAAUUAGAUCUAUAUUUAUUGUAAAAUUAUGUAUUUUCUAUGUGGUUUUUCUACUGAUGGUGGGCUAAUAAAUAAAGUAAUACACAUUUUGUAUUUCUAUAGUAAGUCUUAGUUUCUUGCAUAUUCUGUUCUGAUAACCACCAUUUAAAACCAUUCAAACUGUCACUGAGGUAUGCAUGGUUAAGAAAGCACAAAGAACAGACACUUAAAACAAGGAAGGACAUUUUCCAGUUGUCUUUUUUUAGAUUGCAGGUUUACAAAAUUCUUAUAUACAAUUCAGAGGCACUCUGCGUCUUAGCAUAAUAAUAAUUUUUUAAUUGUACUAAAUUUUCCAACAAUUUAAAUGCUGAUUCCAUAAGUGUAUGUAACCGCAAAACUUCGUAAGAACAUGGGCCCUGUUUCACGUGAAUUUUCUUUGAACUACUGUAUAUUGUAAUCCCUGUUUUUAUGGAUUCUCUAUAUUCUGUAAGGUUAGGAGUUUAGUUGCACAAUUCAGUGCUAGAAUGUAUGUGAUGUAUCAGCUUAAUGACAAAGCUGAAGCUGUUCACUUGUUUUGCAAAAAUAAAUAUUCAAUCUUGCAAAAACAUAUUUUAAAGUUAUAAAAUAACUGCACAUGUUUUAAAGUAUCAUAUUGAAAUAAAAACUGCAAAUUGUAGCACAUUUUAUAUAAGACAUCUGUAAAAAAGAUUAUAUAUAUGUAUAUGCCACAAUUAUUUUAAAAUUCAAAAUUAAUUUAACCAUUUUUAUAUUAAAAGAAAGAAGAAAACAUGGAAAAUACAUGUAUGUUAUCACUUUUUAUUUUGGUACAAUCUUUUACUUCUAAUUUUUUUUUAACGCCCAACAUAUAAAGAGACAUGGAAUUCUGGAUGAGCUCUAAAAAUAGUAAAAUACUUAAUUAGGUUGAUAGAUUAUAAUCACUUCUGCCUGCUUUGGUGACUAAUACCAGUUUCUACCUGUUAGAAAAGGGUUUCGACACUCAAUAUUAUUACUUGGAAUAAGGUUUUCGCUACAAACUUAUGUAUUAUAACUGGCUUAAGAUCAUUUUUACAUUCCGUAGAAAUUAAGAACCUUGUUGUUCUUUUUAACUUAAAAAAAUUCACAAAUUUCAAAUUAUGUUGUCAAACAAAUUUUUGUAUUAAAAUAUUGUUCAAAAAGUAGUGAAGGAUUACUUAGUUUGCCUUCUUUGGGGAGGGAGAACAAAACCAGGAACAACUAUAUUAAAGUCUUCACUUGAACAAGCAUUUAUUGCAAGCACACUUGUGUUCUUCUUUAAAGAUGUUGUUCCCUUUCUUCUCAUGAGACUGCUCUCAUCCCUGCUUAUUGAUAUUUAUGAAACUACUGUCUAUUAGCCUGGCUAAGUUAUUAUUCUCUGUGCCUAAACACUUGUGCCAGUAACCCUUUGACAUAGAAUACAGAGAAAUUUCAAAAUGCACCUUACUCCCCUACUUAUAGAUCAGUCCCCAAAUAUAGAUCAGUCACAUUUAUGUAUACCAAAAAUAUAUAAUUUUGAUUGUAUAAAAUUCUUUUGAAAUAUUUACUUCUUUUUGACUAAUAGAGGAUGUGACACUAUGUAUUAUAAGAAGUUAUUUAUUUGUGAUACAAUCACUGUACAAUAUCUAUGCUUAUGAAUGAUUGUUUGUUUUGCAACGUAUGCUCAUGGUACAAUAAAUUGUGCUGCUGUCAUUGUGCUUUGUCAUGUUGUAUAUUUGCUCAUAACAUGGUCGUUGUGCUCAUAACAUUUAAUGUGUGGUUAUUUCUUUGUAUGUACUGCAAUUGUUGUUCUGUCUUUUGCUAAGCUACCGUUUGUUCACACUAUGUCAUGUCACUCACUUGGCGUUAAAUAGCAAGAAUCAAUGCUGUGAAAAUCGAUAUUAUUGUUCAAUUAUUAAAUCGAAUUCUUUUACUAACAAUCGUUAAAAUUUAAUAUAAAUCAAUAAUGUAUGCAGUAAAACAUUAUUUUUUACCAUAUUUCACUUUUUUAAAUAUAAAGAUGUAUUUGAAGAGGUUUCAGGAAGUGUUUUAAGUUUUAGACUUCAAACUGUUCACUGCCUUUCAAACUCCCUGCUAAAUACUUCAAAUACCUGACAGAAUUUAUGCUAGUAUGGAUAAUUUAAUAGCUGAUCACUUGCUAUCACUUUGUUUAUCUUUCUUCAAACUUGCCCCUUAGACUUUGCUAGCCUCUUAAUUUGAGAUAUCGUAAAAAUAGCAUCUAUUACAUAUAUAGACUGAUAUAUUUGUUUCAUUAAUUACUUUUGUUAACAAAACACUUCAUUAAGACCUAUUUCACGUAACCACUUAAAUGUAAAUUUAUCAUUUCAUUCAAUCGUGCAACUAGGGCUAAAUUACAAGUGAAAAAUUGGUUAAUAAAUAGCAUUGUUGUAAAUCACAUCAAGCCAAUUAUAAUUUAUUUCCAUAUAAACCAGUAAAAAUUAUCAAUUUUUGGUAUAUGGAUUAUUCAUCCAGAAACUAAUAGUAAUUUGUAAUUAUCAGACUGUAGUGCCUGCAGAAAAGUGUGCCUCAGACAAUGAGUUUUUUGUUAAAGUAGAACAGAUAUAUUUUUGUAGCCCUAAAAAGGAGAGGUCAUUAAAUAAUAUUAUAUUAUGGUCAACUAUUAUCUGUAAACUUAGAAAAGGAGUAUAAAACAAUAUUAAUUACGUAUUGAUAAUGAUAACUACAGUUUAUGAUAAAUACAAUUUUAUAUCCAAAUAUCUCAUUAAGGUUAGUAACUACAACCGGAUGGUAGAAUUAUAACUGUUGUUACAAUGAGAUACAUGUUUCUCCCUUGUCUGUGAUUUGUACUGUUGUAAUUAUGUACUCAUACAAUAGUACUCACAACACAUAAUACUCAUAUGUUAUGUAAUAUUUUACUAUAAUUACUGAUUUUACCUCAUGAAAUUACAUCUGUAUUUUAACUGUACACUUAAAAUAUUGCAAAUUUACACAAGUAUUAUUUACAACAAACAAAAACGUAAAUCUAAUACAUUUUAGUUCUCUACAACAAAGAGGUUUAUCAUCGUAAUUAUAAUAUAUUUAAAGUUUUUUUCAUGUUCUAAAGAUUAACUGUUUGUAUUAAGCAUAUUUUAUUUCUUCAAUGCAAUAUUGUAAGCUGUGCUGUUUGUAUAUUUUGUUCAAAUGUGGAUGGUUGAGGUUAAGUAUAACCAAAUAGUCUUGUGUAUCUUAUUGUGUAUUUAUAUUUUAUUGUUUUGUUACUACUUUCAUAAUCUGACUUUUCCAUAUAUUGUAUAUAAAGUUUUUAUUACUCUUCAAAUAAAAGUCUGUUUAAACUGAA